CCUGUUGGUCUCGAGCAUCGGGAAGACAGCAGGAGGAUGUGAAUCACUCACUCUGACUGACUGCAUCACAUUCUUCCACCGUUUGUGGAGGAAUGUCCACUUUUUAUACGCUCUAUAAACCUAUGGGCUGGACCAGAGGCUGUGUGGUACGGAGACACUUACCUGCUGCUGCUGAUGCUGCUGUGUCUCUCAUCAGACUGAUGUGAUGGCUGUCCCGUACGGAAAGGGAUCCAGAGGCUGUGUGUCACAGAAAGAGUGAUUUAGACUCUCUUCUUGGCUGCACCAUCAUCACGACCCCCCUGGAUGUUCUCUUGAUGUAUUGCUGUGGUCUGGGACACAGGCAGAGAGAACAGUCCACCUAUGGUUCGGCGGACCGUCAGGACUCAGGGGCCACUGAGGAGAAGGAGAAGAAUGCCCAAGUCCAGCUGGAGAAGGCCAAGUUUAAGCCUGUUGCUUUCGCCGUGCGCACAAACUUCACCUACACUCCUGCAGAUGAUGACAACGUCCCCAUACCAGGGCACGGGGUUUCUUUUGAAGCUAAGGACUUCCUCCAUAUCAAAGAGAAAUUUAACAAUGACUGGUGGAUUGGACGGCCUGUGAAGGAAGGGGGAGAGGUUGGUUUUAUCCCCAGCCCGGUGAACCUGGAGACGAUUCUGAUCAGAAGAGAGGUGCAGGCCAGGAAGGCCGCCAAAGCGCUGGCCAAUAAAGCGGCUACUGCUGCCAAAGAUGAUUUGAAUGCAAAGAAAGCUGCUCCGCCACCAACAGUUCAGCAAGUGAAGAAGAAAUCGGGAGAGCAACUGGCUGCAUAUGAUGUUGUGCCUUCCAUGCGUCCUGUGGUGCUCAUGGGGCCUUCGCUUAAGGGCUAUGAGGUUACAGACAUGAUGCAAAAAGCUCUCUUUGAUUUUUUAAAACACAGAUUUGAAGGAAGAAUUACUAUCACCAGGGUGACAGCAGAUAUUGCACUUGCCAAGCGAUCGAUCCUCAACAACCCCAGCAAGCACGCCAUAAUGGAUCGCUCCAACACCCGCUCCAGUUUAGAUGCUGCGGCCCAAAUCCAAGGAGAGGUUGAGAGGAUUUUUGAGUUAGCACGCAGUCUACAGCUUGUGGUUCUGGACGCAGACACCAUUAACCAUCCUCUCCAACUAAGCAAGACCUCCUUGGCCCCGAUCCUGGUGUAUGUCAAGAUUUCAUCACCCAAGGUUCUGACAAGAUUGAUAAAGACCAGGGGCAAAUCUCAGACUAAACAUCUGAAUGUUCAGAUGGUGGCCGCAGACAAACUGGCCCAGUGUCCCAAUGAGCUGUUCGAUGUCAUCUUGGAUGAGAACCAGCUGUCAGAUGCCUGUGAACACAUUGCUGAUUAUCUGGAGGCCUACUGGAGGGCCACACACCCUCCUGAAAUGGAGCCUCCCAACCCCAUGCUGGAGAAGCUGGCAGAAAACACACUCCCCACCAGUCCCACACCUGCUAAGGAUGAACAGAAAAGCAAGAAGACGGCCGCCACUAAGAGAAAAGGAUCUCAAGAGCACCAGCAGGAGCAUCAGCCCCAGGCUCAGGAGAUGAGAGAGGAGGAAGAGGAGGAAGAAGAGGAAGUGCAGGAGGAGGCCGAGGAGGAGGAGAGGCUCCUUCGUAGUGAGCCAAAGAGACACAGCCAUCAUCACCACCACCAUCACCACCACCACCGCUCCAGCACCAGCCGACCGACAGAUCCCCACAACAACCACCAGCAGCAGAUGCGCCACCAGCAGCCCGCCGACAUGGAGCUGCUUCCCGCUAAAGACGCUUCGUACGCGGAGUCCCGGAGCAGGCGCACGCUCCCGGGCGAGGGCGACCCGGACCAAACCGAGGUCUACCACAAUAGGACUACAACUCAAAGGGACCAUAACCACCACCAUCACAACCGACAUCACCACCACCGCCGCGGGACCACAGACGUUCAGCCGGAUUAUUCCCACCACGGGCAGCAGGACUAUGAGCUGGAGCACAAUGAGCACAACAGGCAACAGAGACAGUCGAGCCAGCUGCGCUCACACAAACAAUCGCACCACAAUCACUAUCACUACCAGGGACGGGAGCGGGACAGGGACAGAGACAGGGACAGGUGUGUCGAGACCGAGGAGUGGACUGAAGACAUGUACAUUCAUCGCUGAGAUGGACGUUGUUUUAAUGCUGCUAUGUGAAAUGCUGGCUACCGUGUACUCAGGACAACAUGGUUUCUCUUUCUUUAUCCAUUCCGCUGUGUUAUUGCCUCCUCUGGUCCACAUCUAAUUUCCUUGAUUUUCAGUUUUCAUUCACAUGCUGUAAUUCUGUGUUCCUCUGGCUUUAGAUUUAGAAUUUUUAGAUUUUUUUAUAAAAGAUUUCAGCACAUUGGUCCUUCCAGUCCUGAGUAUGUUCUUACAUUUUUUUUUUUUUUUUUGUGCUUACAUCUUUGCUUGUUACCGGUUCUGUUUCCUGAUAUGUACAUAUGCAAACUGGACACGUCUUAUACUUUCAAGCUCUUACCCCAUGUUUAUUUGUCACCCCUGAGAAAGAUAACUGGAUCUGUUGACAUUCUUUUUUUUAUUAAUUUUUUUUCAGUUGGUUUUUGUAGAACGUGCUGCCACACUACUGGUAAAUAUGAAAAUAUUAACAGUAUAAUAAGGGAAUAGUCACACAGUAAUUUUGAUAUUUUCAUGUCUGAGAAAAAAAUGGGAUUAAAUGGGUUAAUUAUGCAUUCACAUUGUGCUGCUAUUGGCUGCAUGAAACAAUUCUCACUUUGGCUUUUCAGCUCAAGGAUGGGAAAUUCAGUUUUUUUACCAACAUUUCAAACAAUGACUGUCUAGUCUAGUUAUUUUUUUAUUUUUAUUUUUCACCUUAUUUUUACAUACAGUACAAGGACUGCCCUUUAUAAUUGUAAUGUGCAAGGCUUCUGGGGUCAAUCGCUUCCGGUUAUUUUAGCUGUACAAAAACAAUCUGUAUGCUGCUUGAAGUUGAAAAUUAGUGUUUGUUAUUAUAUCCUUUUAAUUGAUCAAAAUCAUAAAUGUGCUGAUUUGUAUUUCAACUAAAUGUGUUUUAAAUAAUUUUAUUAUACUUUUUUUAUUAUCAGUUAUCUUUCCUAAUGAAUCAGAAGUCUUGCACAUUUACAUAAAAAUGCUAAAUAAAAUAAAAUGGAUAUUUUGGAUGUUAAAAUAUUUUCUGUUAUGCUAGUUUAAAACACAGAAACAACAACACAUUUGUAGGUUAAUUUAACUGAAAAGUAUAAACAUUGUGGCUCUGUGGAACAACACACACACACACACACACAAAGAUUUAACCAUCUCAACCAGCCUGACAGCAACGGCUGUCAUCAGUAUUAUCUAUUUGUCUGACCAAUGGCAGAUGGGGGAGUGCUCAAGACGCCUGUCUGAAAAAUAAAAUAUGUUUUAUUAUUUCAUUUAGUGACACUACUAAGAGCAGUUUUACAGUCAGCAUAAAUUACUGUUUGCAACCUAUUUUCCAUAAUCUGACACAUCUCAGAGGGACACAGAAUUUCAGUGAGAUUCAAAGCAGAAUAUUUAUUUUCAUUUUUCAAUUUCAAGUCGGCUUUAAUGUAUACAUAGUUCAGUGUUUAGUUUGGCCUGGUUUUCUAGGUUGUAUGUCACAGAAAUCAAUCCGGAUUUAAUUCACAAAUUUCAUACAAUGCAUUAUUUGUGUCAAUACAAAGACCUUAGUUUGUUAUUUGCUCAUGCAAAAUUAUUUCAAAUGAACACUUUUAAUGUUUAUUAAACAGUUUCAUUCUGUUCCAUAUUUAUAAUAUAUACAAUGAGAUCAUUUUAGCCAACCAGCUGCAUGUAUUCAUGAUUUUUAAAAUGUUUGUUUAAAUAUAUACAGUGUAUAUCAAAUGGAUAUAUAAUGGAAAAUAUACAAUUUUCUUAAUCAUUACUUUCAACUUCAUAAAGUAAAAAGGCACACUCAAAUGUCCUUUAAGGAAUAAGUACAAUGAUUCAGAAAAUACCUAUUUUACUACAACUGCAUGGUAAAA